AUGCAGACGAUUCUUUAUGAUUUGGAGAGGAGAAGCCGUCUGCAAUACGAGCUGCAGCCAUUGGCCCAACGCGCGGAUAAGGGACCAGAACCGGAAAUUCAAGCGCUUCCUGAACUCGAGCGAGCUGAUGAAGUUCCACAAGCUCAAGGCGUUCAGCAAAUUCCGGAGGCGGAAUCCACGGAGAAUCCGGCGACUCCGGAAUUCAUCGACAAUCCGGAAAUUCCGGGAACCAACGAAGCGUCAGAGAUCCCGGAAUUCGGCUCGGAGCCGGCACCGUACUACCUCAUCUGGGAUUUCGACAAUGUCUCCUUUGGAUGCCCGCCCAAGAUCUUGCACCAUUCGAUGGCGCUGUUCCUCGCCGAACUCUAUGGAGAUGCCGUCAAAUGCACCGAUGAAGAAGCCGUAACUUACGGCUUCAACGUCGUCUGCAAGAUGCUCUGCUUCCUCCAGAACGAAGCCGACAUGGAGAAGUGGUUCCGCGUGCGGGUCGAGCUGCUCCAGGAGUUGAAGCAGUACCAAGAAGACCCCGGAAACCCUGUGGCCCGGCCAGAAGAUGACCAGCUGUGCCUCAACGUCCUGGACGAACGGCUGGAGGCGAUGUGCGGCGCCUAUAUUCGUGCGCCACACGUGACGCUUCCAGCCGAGAAGAUCGAGCCGUUCGGGAAGCUGUCGUGCGACCUGACCGCCCAAGAGAAUGUUGAUGCUCAGGCGCUGGUGCUGGAGAGUCUGCAGAAAGUGAGGGCUAUGCGGGUCGAGUUCAAGAAGGACAGGGAAGGAGUGGCAAACGAGCAAGCCGAACGAGCUUCGCAACCACAUCAAGACGGUGUUGAAGCCGUUCAGCAGCUGGAGAAUUUCGGGAAGCUCGAUCAACCGGAUCAGCCAGAGGAACAGAUCGAGAAAUCCGAGGAGCUCGAGGAGCUCGAGCAGCUUAAAAAAAAUCGUAUUUCGAGAAAGGUUAGACGUGGUGGUGAAGCAGAGGAGCCCGUAAAGCGAGAUGCACUGGCGGAGCAGGAGGAGAUCGAUGAGAACGAGAGGUUAGCAUGGCGCGAAAGGUUCGAGAGGCGUGAGGAGGCCCAGGAGCACGAUAGGCUCGAGAGGAUGGAGAAGGUCCGGCAAUUUGCCAUGGAGAGGCUGAAGGAAGAAGCCCGGAAGAAAGAGGAAGACGAAAUGGAAUGCUACAACCUCAUAGCCUGCGGCCUGCUUCUUUGCUUCUUUUUAUCAUGCGUUGGCGCUUUCCUGACCGCUUUUUCC